AAAGAACUUGGACGUCAGUAGACUUUCGGAAUGCAGAAUCAUAUGACGGAAUAUCAACCAGCGUAUCAGGAAAUCAUAACCGGGAGAUCUGCAAGGUUCUUCUCACGGGUGACUUGCCGCGUAAGUAUUACCCUGGCAGAGAAGGGUAAUCAGGAGACUCUGAAAGCUGUGAUUGUGGCUUAGCCGUGGGAGGUGCAAUGGUGAAUACGACACUGCGAAAGGACAGAUGAAGGAUCCCUUCCUUACAGGAAGUAAGAACAUGCCUUCCAUCGGCUCAUCGUCCCUUGCUUGCAAUGACUGCUGAUUCUCGGAGAGAACAAACUAGUACAUAACCAGAUGAUACCCAUGCUUACCACCAUACCCACUUGCAAUGGCUGAUAACGCAAAUGUUUCUCUCCCCAGUAUUCAUGAACUGUUCCCAGACCACAUGCUGCGCGUCUCGCCCGAAAUUCGUGUGAAGGGCAGUGCGCCCCCGACACUCAUUCCGUCUCACCCAUAUGUACCUCCCCAGCCACUACGCAAGCCCUCGCCCCAGGCCACCCGUUCACACCCUGAGGCCCUACCAUCGCUUCUUCACCUCCAGUCAUCGGACUCAGACGAAGAUGAAAGCAAGAAGCAUAUCUGCACCUUUUGCAAAAAGCGAUUCCGUCGGCCCAGUAGCUUGAAUAUUCAUAUCAACACACACACGGGUGCUACGCCGUAUCGAUGCUCACUUCCCGGAUGCGGCAAAGAGUUCAACGUCAAGUCAAACAUGCUCAGGCACUAUCGCAGCCACACGAACCCUGUCGCAACUCAGUCUUCUUCCUCUCGCUAUGACUCUCCAACUGCGAAUCCUUACCCUAAUAUCCCCUCUUUAUCGGCCACGUCCUUCGCAGUAGAAGGACAGGACCAGGCUAGAGGUCAGGUUCAAAGCCACCCUUCGCGAUCUUGGCAUGAUGGCGCACAGAUGGAAAGAGAGAGGCAUUAUCAGCGUCGUUAUUCGGUGAGUAAUACUCGUUCGCAGCGAGACGAGGAUGAGAGAGAUAAGGAGAUGGAUGCAAGUCGUUCCUAUGCGAGACACAACUGAAGUGCCGAAGUAUGUAUGGUUCUUUUCGUUCCUAAUAAUAGGUUGGUACAGAAAGAUGAUUGAUCUUGGGCUCGAGCAUGCCUAAUAGUUAGGUCGGUGCAUGUAAUACUUGUAAUGCUAAAUUAUUUCCCAAUGCAGACAAGUUACUAUCUGACAAACUCAC